AUGAAAUUAAAUUAUUGUAGGAGGUGCAAGAAACGGUGAUGAUUGGAUGACUCGUGAAGGAGCCGGCUCCGAUCGGCUCCGAUUUUCAAAAUCAUUGCCUGCAGGAAGAGAGUAAAUAUACAGCUCAGGAGUCCUUUGGCUUCGAAACCAAAUUUGAACGAGCUCAAGAACAACCAUAAUUGCUUAUAAGGAAACAGAAAUAUCGCCUAUCUGUAUAUGCCAACUCGCCUCAAGCGUCCGUAGCAUGACCUUUACAUGCAUCACACAACCUUUGCAGCCCAAUUGAACAUUCAUCAUAAGCCAGAUAAACGACAGUCAGCUGAAGCUUAGCGUUUCAAAAACUAUGCAGCUUUUUGUAAUUGGCGGUAGUGGAAGGACGGGUAAGAUGGUUAUUGAAGAGGCCCUACUCCGAGGUACGUACAUAGCGUAAGAAUGCAUCAGUAAUCCGAGAAAUCAGCGAUGUUGCCAUUCCUACACUGCCGAAAUCCGAAUGCUGAUGUGCAGGUUUAGGUCAUGAUGUGACAGCACUGGUUCGAGAUCCCUCCUCGAUAGAACUCAGGGAUGGUUUAAAGCUUGUAAAAGGUAAGGAACAUAUCUCAAAUGCCACAAUUGGGUAUUGCAUCCAAGCUAGAUAUCUGCAAGAAGGCCCUCGACUAAUUCUAGCCACAACAGGCACCCCACUCAAUAAAGCCGAUAUCAAAGUCGCAUUCGAAGCAAGUCCCGAAAUUCCGUCCGUUGUUCUUGUUACAUUGAACGCUCCUCGAGCAUCCGAUAGCCCUUUCUCUGCCUCGAUAUCUCCUCCAAGGCUGAUGGCUGACUCAAACGCCAAUGUAAUUGCCGCUAUGAAGGAGUUUGGUGUGCGUAAGAUUGUGAUAAUGCAGGCUUUUGGUGUUGGGGAUAGCUGGCCGCACAUGCACUUCUUGCUGCGAAUGUUGAUGAAGAAGUCAAACAUGUACCUCCAAUACGAUGACCACAACUUGGUGGAUAAAGAGGUGAAGGCAAGUGGGAUUGACUAUGUUCUCGCUCGACCUGCAAGACUUGAGGAAGGUGAAGUAAAGCCGGUCAAAGUAUAUGGGAACAAGGGACAAGGCAUGGCCAUGAUGGCCAGUAUCACUCGAGAAAGUGUAGCCAACUGGCUUGUCGAUGCAGCAGAGCAAAAAACAUGGGAUUCACAAACUCCGGUAUUAACGAAUUAGACUCUAUUGAGAGGGAAAUGGAGAAUGGAGAAUGGUGAAUGGAGUUGUUUGUUGAGGAUGGAAUGGUGUAAUAAUUAUCUCAUUAUCAAAUGCAGGGACCAUUUUUCCAGUUGUCUGGGAAUUCAAAUCGAAAGUGGCGGUUCCAGUAUGCUGACGAUUGCAUAGAUUGGAUUAAGAAUAGCAGUCCUGGUCCAGGUAGCCGAAUACGAAGGUAGUAUAUCUCAUUUAGGUCUCAUGUGCGUCAUGAUUUUGUGGUAGGAUGCAGGAUGUAGGAUGUAGGAUGUGGAUGUGGAUGUGGAUGUGGAUGUUGAUGUUGAUGUUGAUCUUGAUGUUGGAUGGUCUUCCCGUUGACUGAUUGAUUGCACAAUGCGACAUCUCGGCUCUCCGUUCAAGCCAUCCAAAAGCCCACCCCACC